AAAGCACGAAUUUCAUUACCAAGCUGACUAAGUAAAGCUGAGAAUAGCAAAGUUAGUUCAGCAGACUGUUUCAUACUCCAUACAUCCAGUCCAAAACUAAUGUUUGAAAAAAAGGGAAGUGUAAGCAAAGCGGAAGGCCACUAUGUUCAGUACACCCUUCUUCCCUUUAGAUCUGAACAUAUAUUUACUCUGAAUUACCAUUUCAUUCUUGUGUUGGCCUGCAUUUAUAUUUCUCACAAAUUAUCAUUUUGUAGGUAUUGCAGUCCAAAUGUUGUGAUGGCUGUUGCUUCAGUCAGUGUCGGUGGAAUACCGUUAUGGUAUCUGAUGACUCGACGGAUCGGCUGUUCUUCAUGCAAUGGCAUGUAUGCCUCGCCUUGCACCGCUGAGCCGGAAUGUAGACCAUCAAGAGUGGACUGGGUUGAGGCUGGUGCCGUCUCCCGUGCAGUCAGGAAUCAGUAUAGUUGUAGUAAGUGUCUCAAUCUUCACUAUUUAAUUUUUUUUGUCGACGCCGGGCUGCAACCUCGUCAACGCUUUUCUCUUCGGCAGCAUGUGUGUGUUCUUGUGUGGGUCGCCAGGUCGUCCUAUGUUCCUUGUUUUUGUGGGCAUGAUGUGACGGUUUUUGCCCGGUUUUCUGUUAAUUAACAAAGCAAUUCUCUUUGACCUUUUUUAAUGAAUCGGGCCCUAAGGGACCGCGUUUCAAAAAAAAACUCAAAUCUUGAUAGGCCUCUUAUUCUAAGCUUCAAUCAUAUUGUUGACCUUAUCCUGUGAAACGCCAAAUUGCACUUGCAGAACAAUGUUCCUCAAGAUUAGGUGUGCUGGAAUCCAACACACGUUGCACCAAUGCAUACAAAGAUAAAUGUAAUUACGGCACUCUUUGUUAAUACAUGUGAAGUUAUUUGUAUUGCACAAGUAAAGGAGAAUUGACAGUAAAAGUUCACUGGGCUGAAGUAGCGCCUAUUGAUAACACGCAAUUAAAUAGGACAUGUUUAUGUUUAUUUCUAUUCAUUUUUUGAACUCCUUGUGGCAGGUUAGUGUUUAUUUCUAUUCAUUUUUUGAACUCCUUGUGGCAGGUUGCUGCUGGGCUAUGGUGGUUGUAGCAGCUAUUGAGGCUCUAUAUUAUAUCAAAAGAAAGGAGGCACUUCUGCUAUCAGUUCAGGAGCUGAUCGACUGUGAUACGAAAAGCUUCGGAUGUGCAGGUGGCUACACUGAAAACGCGCUCAAGUACGUCCAGAAGAAUGGUAUAUCCAAAGAAUCGGACUAUGGGUACAUGGGCCGCGAACGUAUACUAGGUUGCAAGAAAAGUAAGACACCAGCAGCAGCAAUCACAGGUUUCAGAACAAUCGAUAACCCAAACGAAGAAUCGCUGGAGGAGGCAGUAUCACAACAACCGGUUAUCAUUCGCUUGCAGUGCUCAGGGAGCUUCCGAGAGUAUAAAGGGGGUAUUAUUGACUCGCCACCAGCUGCACCCAAAAGCGAAGGGAUGUUUGUGCACUACGUCCUGAUCGUCGGUUAUGACACUGACUCCGCUGGUGUCAAGUUCUGGCGUAUCAAGAACACUGCCGGUGAGGGUUGGGGCGAGGGAGGCUUCGGGAAACUCCCCAGGCACGUCGCUGACCAGCGAGGCGUGCUGGGUAUGUUUAUGUAUCCAGCAAUGUAUCCGGUGCUGGACAGCUGACCUGUUAGUUGACUGUCCCUUGGCACACCAGAUUUGGUUUGAGGUGCUUUCAUGGUUGGGACUUGGUAUGCCCCAUGCAUGUGUUGUUUAGUUAUUCUUCCCAUGAAUGCCUUAGGUUGUACAGAAGUGAUGAAAGCUUGUAAUGAUUCAUUGUGAUUUCAGGCUCACCGGCAAACGUGGUGCUAAAUGCAUACAUGGCAAAAUUAUGUUCUACUCUUGAUAAGUGCCGGCUAAAUUGAAGGUUUCUCACUGUAAGACUGCAGCAUUAAUUCCCACGUAUAGCCACAGAUUGAGAAAAGCAAAAUAAGCAUGAUCCAAAAGCUUUGGCAACUCAGACAGUUUAACAUAAAUACAUUAAUUCAGAGGAAACUUGUUCAUGAGACCCCGAACUCCCACGUUCCAGCCUGCAUUAUGCCAGCAGGUCUCACGUUCCAGUUUAACAUAUUGAAAUCAGAGAGGGGGGGAGGGGGGCUAGCAGAAUAGAACCAAGACCUCACUGGAAUAAGUAAUAGUGGUCAUAAAACAGCUCACCGGCUGUUGUAUAUGUACUCCUAAAUCAGCUAGUUGAUUGAUGUUAUUAUUAACGCAAUUGCUGCCUAACAUGGUGUGGUCAUAAAACAAACAAUUGCCUGCCUCCGAUUCUCGCGGCAUUGCAUUGGAACACACCGGCAUCCCCUGCCAAGGCUGGGCGAGGAGCGCUUAGUUUGGAUGCAACCCCGCCGGUUCUGGGGAAAUGGCAGGAUAAACGCCACAGAAAUGUAUCGCUGAUGUACAGAAGAGUGCGUCCUUUUGACCUACUAUGUGAUUUGCGGGGGGAAUGGUUG